UUUCUUCGGGUGUUAGGGGUUGGGCAGUGGGCUUCUGACGGGAGACGGCACCUACCUGUUUAGGUGUAUCAAGUGCAGAAAUGGAUCAGAUGGCAGUGAGCUCGUCCGCGUAUCAGCCUGAAGAUGAUGAAUUUGAUAGAAAUUGCCCACGGAUCUGUGGCGUUUGUGGGGACAAAGCGACUGGUUUCCAUUUCAAUGCCAUGACCUGUGAAGGCUGUAAAGGCUUCUUCAGGAGAAGCAUGAAGAAAAAGGCCAAUUUCACCUGUCCUUUUAAUGGCAACUGCUCAAUUACAAAGGAUAACAGAAGACAUUGUCAAGCAUGUAGACUCAAGCGAUGUCAGGAUAUUGGCAUGAUGAAAGAAUUCAUUUUAACAGAUGAAGAAGUUCAACGGAAAAAGGAGAUGAUUUUAAAACGUAAAGAAGAAGAAGCAGUCAAGGAGGCAAAGAAACCAAAAUUGUCAGAUGAACAAGAAAAAUUGAUUGCCUUAUUAAUUGAUGCCCACCAUAAAACAUUUGAUACAUCGUAUUCGUACUUCAGCCAAUUCAGACCACCAAUCCGGGAUGAUUCUAAAAUGGAAGAAUCCGAGCAAUCCACUUCUACUGAUGCGUCACAGAAUCUCUGCUCAGCUGAUUCUUUUGGUUUUGAUUCUUUCACUGCAUCCUUCCCAGAAGAUUGCAAUCUAUCUAUAGAUAUGUCGGAGUUACCAAAAUUGGAUUUCUCCAUCUUUGGGAUGAUUCAAGAUGGCACCAACAGUCCCACGAGGAGUGAAAAACUACCUAUGCUGCCUCAUCUGGCUGAUCUGGUCUCUUACAGCAUACAGAAAGUAGUUUACUUUGCAAAGGCCAUCCCUGGAUUCAGGGAGUUGCUUGCGGAUGACCAAAUUGCCCUUCUGAAGUCAAGUGCAAUUGAAAUUAUUAUGCUACGAUCAAACGAGUCCUUCUCAGUGGAGGAUAUGUCCUGGAAAUGUGGAAAUGAUGAGUUCAAAUAUGAUAUAAAUGACAUCACCAAAGCUGGCCAUUCUCUGGAGUUGCUUGAACCACUGAUAAAAUUUCAGGUCGGCUUGAAAAAUCUGAAUUUACACGAAGCAGAACAUGUUCUUCUCAUGGCUAUCUGCAUCCUUUCAUCAGAUCGUCCCGGAGUACAGAACCGUGUUCAAGUGGAGCGUAUUCAAGAUGGGUUAUCCGAAACUCUUCAGUCAUACAUCCGAGCCAAACAUCCUCCUCCAGGUAAUCGGUUAUUGUAUCCGAAGAUGAUCCAGAAGUUGACAGAUCUCCGAAGCCUGAGCGAGGAACAUUCCAAACAGUUCCAGUCUCUGACCUUUCAUCCUGAUUGUAACACACACCUUACACCACUUGUGCUUGAGGUAUUUAGAAAUGAUGUCGAUCAGUGAACCACUUUCUUUUGUUGCAAACAUUUAGGUUCACACAGGGUAGCAGGCUUGAUGCACACACAGCGUUUCCUUUGAAAAACUGGGUUUCCAACUAUCAAAUGAUACUCUGAAAUACUUUCUGAAUUGUUUUGGACCAGUGAUCUAAAGAGAGGAGGGAUGGGGUGAUAAUUGCAGUUUGUAAAGGCAUUUCCACUUGUACAGAUAUUUUACAAUGUAGCAAUAACAAUGGAAAGUAAAAGUGAUAGUUUUCUCUAUCACUUCAUUUGUCCCUGAAACAUGAGAACAAGGACAACAUUUUAAGCAUC